UUAUGUGAAUAUGGACGGCGGCAAGUUGUUUAUGUCAAAUUUAGGAACUGGAAUACUUAAUUAAACAAAAAUGCAGCGGAAAGGCUAUUGUCUGUUGUUUUUAGUUCUCAGCAAUUAUUCGUUAGUGCAAAAGCAACGUAAAAACAAUGGAGUGUGUGCGAACCAAGACUCGUAUUUUAAAUAUUGUGGACGUUUUUAGUUUUGGGGUUACAAAGGAGCUAUUAUUAAAACAGGUUUUCGUAUAAACAGUAUGGCAACGUUUUCCUUAAUCUAUUGAAUUUUGGAGGAGCGAAAUCAUGUCAAAAGUCGAACAGGAUUUAAACAGUUCAGGAGGGCUCAUGGAACAAAUCCAAGCCCUCAUUGCCCCUCCAAAGAGUGACGAAAACAAAGACAAGAAACCAGAACAUCCUUAUUUUAAGCGACCUGGAAAGGGACACAAUCAUGAUUUUUGUGAUGCAUGUCGUGAAGGGGGCGAUUUGAUCUGUUGUGACAAAUGCCCUUCAAGUUUUCAUUUACUGUGUCAUGAUCCUCCAUUAGAGGAGAAAGAUAUUCCUACAGGAGAAUGGCUGUGUAACAGUUGUCGGCAUAAGGCUGCAAACGGUCCUAAACAGGUGCCUCUUCCUGGGACUCCCCAGACACGUAAAAAAAGAGCUGCAAGUACACCAGCAACGUCUAGCUUUAAACCCCAACAACAACAACAACAGCAACAACAACAACCACCCCCUGGUAAAAAAUCAAAAAGCAAUCCCAUGCUGGUUCUUGUGGAAGCUGCCAGCGCUUUAAACCCUAGGGAAUUCGAAUUACCACGGAGUAUGAGUGUCCCGUGUUUAUUUCCUGGAACAGAUCGUAUUGAACAACCAUAUCAACGUAACGCAAAUCGCCGUUUUACAAAGACUUUCCACAAGCAGUAUGAAGUUGCUGCUGGUGGUAUUGUACCGUUGCCUGCGAAAAAGUGUUUUGAAUGUAGGAAAUCGUGCCGUGUGGCCCCCUUGAUAGCUUGCGAUUAUUGCCCUUUAUAUUAUCACUUGGACUGUUUGGAUCCGCCCCUUUCUUCGCCACCUUCUGGGCUGUGGAUGUGUCCCAAUCAUGUAGAACAUUCAUUAGAUGCAAAGAUUCUCACUUCCGUUUCGGCAACUGAGAGGAUAAAAUUAUGGGAGCAAUUUAACGGUUACGUGGAUCAGGACCUGAUCAAACUGGAAUUUUUUCGAAAAAUACAACGAAAAAAUCCCCCUUUUAGGUACAAAGUAAAAUUAACUCCUAGAAAAUGCAUAGUCGUGCCACCCAUGGUGAAAUAUCACUAUCAGAAACCCGUGGACCUUCUCCCCAGUCUUCGGGACGUUUUACGAGUUCAGCAUUAUGAAAACAGGCAUUCAAACAGCGUCCCCAAGGAAUCGUUGCAAGACAUAGAAGAAAUAGAAGAAAAAGUGGACGUAAGCUGUAUAAAUAACGGGAGUUUAGGGGAUACACCAAUAUCUGUAGAAGAUUAUGAACGAACAGAUGUUGAGUUGAGUGGUGAUAGAGACGCAGUUACUAAAGUCGAGGAAGGUAGUGAUAAUAGCAGUGUGGAAAGUCGUGAUAAAACUUUAAACGAAAUAGAUAAUGAUAGGUGGUGUGUGAAAGAUGAGAAUGAGGUGAAGGAAGAGGUGAAGAGUGAAAAGGUCAAUGGCAUUUUCGAAAUGGAUUCUGAAGCAGAAGCAAUAUUUGAAAAUGCACUUUUAACGAAAGGUAAGCAUGGGGAACUGGAAAGCAAACUGUACAAAUCAGACAAAGUAGUUGUCGUUUUCAAUGAAAACAAAGUACAAAGUAGUAGUCGAAACGACACAAACAUGGAUAAUAGCAUUAGGUUACGAAAUAUGGAACAGUUAUCGGAAGUAGUGGACAAGGAAUUGAAACAUACGCUUGAAGAUGACGAUUGUAGAAAUAGAGGAGGCAAGGACGAUGUGAUUUUAUUUAAUGGCUAUCAUAAAACUGAUAACGAUAGAGACGAGAACUCAGGAGGAAGUUUAACUAAUGGCGUUUUCUGUAAUGAUAUUAUUAAAAAGGAAGGGGGAUUGGAAAGCACUAUAGACUUUAAUACCGAUGUUGAACAAAACUUGAGACAACUUGACGAGCGUCUUUUGAAGCUUCUCGCAUAUCAGCGUAUUCAACAGGUGUUAUCUCAGUCUGACCAUCAGUCAUCCGGUGCCCCGUUUACGUCAUUUUUCCAAUCGACGAAGCUCUCGAACACGAUGCCGCUUCCUAGUGAACUUCUCACCCCCGCGGACAUAGAACGUAUUACAAGGAUAUUUUCGAGUCCAAAAAAGGCAUCGCCCCCGAAGUCCAACCUUCGGGUGCGUGCGAUGCUCUGUCCUGUAGUUUCGAAACAUUUUUAUAACGUGAGGACGAACGACGUCGACCCUACGGAAGUGCGUCACGACGCAAGUUUUAUGGGGUACAGACCAACGGUGAGUACGCGAUUCCCGGAAGCCGCCCCUAUGCGAUACAGGACUCUGAACAUCGGCAAGGGGACCGGGAACGACGUCUCGUUGGAUUAUUAUGGUCAUUGCAAUUACAUUUCGCCCAAACACGCUGUUAUUUAUUACGAUGAGUUUAAUAAGCAAUACGAGUUGUUGAAUUAUUCGGGUUUCGGCACGUACGUGAAUAACAUUUUGUAUUCGAACGAUGAAACGAACAAAAAUGUGAAAAGGGAAGAUGUCAAGUCAGUUCCGGUGGAGGAGAAGAUCAAAGAGAUUGUGGAUAAGAAGCGUAAGAUUUGCAGACCGCGGAAGUGUUUCGACGCUAAGAUGACAGCCCUGGAUAUAAAUCCGAUGGAAUGUUCGUGCGUUUCGGACACUUUUAAAGAACUAAAAGCGGGCUGGGAGGGGGCGGCGAUAUUACAACACGGUUCUCUUUUACGUUUCGGAUGUCUUUCGUCGCCACCCAUGGUGAAAUAUCACUAUCAGAAACCCGUGGACCUUCUCCCCAGUCUUCGGGACGUUUUACGAGUUCAGCAUUACGAAAACAGGCAUUCAAACAGCGUCCCCAAGGAAUCGUUGCAAGACAUAGAAGAAAUAGAAGAAAAAGUGGACGUAAGCUGUAUAAAUAACGGGAGUUUAGGGGAUACACCAAUAUCUGUAGAAGAUUAUGAACGAACAGAUGUUGAGUUGAGUGGUGAUAGAGACGCAGUUACUAAAGUCGAGGAAGGUAGUGAUAAUAGCAGUGUGGAAAGUCGUGAUAAAACUUUAAACGAAAUAGAUAAUGAUAGGUGGUGUGUGAAAGAUGAGAAUGAGGUGAAGGAAGAGGUGAAGAGUGAAAAGGUCAAUGGCAUUUUCGAAAUGGAUUCUGAAGCAGAAGCAAUAUUUGAAAAUGCACUUUUAACGAAAGGUAAGCAUGGGGAACUGGAAAGCAAACUGUACAAAUCAGACAAAGUAGUUGUCGUUUUCAAUGAAAACAAAGUACAAAGUAGUAGUCGAAACGACACAAACAUGGAUAAUAGCAUUAGGUUACGAAAUAUGGAACAGUUAUCGGAAGUAGUGGACAAGGAAUUGAAACAUACGCUUGAAGAUGACGAUUGUAGAAAUAGAGGAGGCAAGGACGAUGUGAUUUUAUUUAAUGGCUAUCAUAAAACUGAUAACGAUAGAGACGAGAACUCAGGAGGAAGUUUAACUAAUGGCGUUUUCUGUAAUGAUAUUAUUAAAAAGGAAGGGGGGUUGGAAAGCACUAUAGACUUUAAUACCGAUGUUGAACAAAACUUGAGACAACUUGACGAGCGUCUUUUGAAGCUUCUCGCAUAUCAGCGUAUUCAACAGGUGUUAUCUCAGUCUGACCAUCAGUCAUCCGGUGCCCCGUUUACGUCAUUUUUCCAAUCGACGAAGCUCUCGAACACGAUGCCGCUUCCUAGUGAACUUCUCACCCCCGCGGACAUAGAACGUAUUACAAGGAUAUUUUCGAGUCCAAAAAAGGCAUCGCCCCCGAAGUCCAACCUUCGGGUGCGUGCGAUGCUCUGUCCUGUAGUUUCGAAACAUUUUUAUAACGUGAGGACGAACGACGUCGACCCUACGGAAGUGCGUCACGACGCAAGUUUUAUGGGGUACAGACCAACGGUGAGUACGCGAUUCCCGGAAGCCGCCCCUAUGCGAUACAGGACUCUGAACAUCGGCAAGGGGACCGGGAACGACGUCUCGUUGGAUUAUUAUGGUCAUUGCAAUUACAUUUCGCCCAAACACGCUGUUAUUUAUUACGAUGAGUUUAAUAAGCAAUACGAGUUGUUGAAUUAUUCGGGUUUCGGCACGUACGUGAAUAACAUUUUGUAUUCGAACGAUGAAACGAACAAAAAUGUGAAAAGGGAAGAUGUCAAGUCAGUUCCGGUGGAGGAGAAGAUCAAAGAGAUUGUAGAUAAGAAGCGCAAGAUUUGCAGACCGCGGAAGUGUUUCGACGCUAAGAUGACAGCGCUGGAUAUAAAUCCGAUGGAAUGUUCGUGCGUUUCGGACACUUUUAAAGAACUAAAAGCGGGCUGGGAGGGGGCGGCGAUAUUACAACACGGUUCUCUUUUACGUUUCGGAUGUCUUUCAUUCUUAGGCAAUUUCUUGGGGGGUGGAUGCGCGUUUUUGUACAGUUGUUGGGAUACGUACUACGCGCCUCUUCCCUUAUCCCUUUAUUUACCCUGUCCCCCAUAUGACCACCACAGGUUAGUUGUUUAA